CUAGCUCAAGUCUCUCCUGCUGCAGCUUCGGCGCUGACUGAGGAGGUCUGGAAGGAGUGCGCGGGCAGGGUGAGGCUGGAGUCAGUGACACCCCCUCCUUCCCACGCUGCGAGCUCCCAGACGACGACGAGAUGACGGCGGGGAGCCCCGGAGACUGCGGGGAGGCGCGGAGGAGCCCCGAGGGCCGCGUCUCCCGCCUGGGCCGCCGCCUGGGCCGCCGCCGGCGCCCGCGCUCCCCGCCCGAACCUCUGCGGGUGCGGGCGCGGCUGCGGCUGCGCUCGCCGUCGGGGGCGUUCGCGGCGCUGGGGGCGAUCGUAGUGCUGGUGGGCAUGGGCAUCGCCGUGGCCGGCUACUGGCCGCACCGCGCCGGGGCUCCGGGACCCCGAGCCGCCAAUGCCAGCGCGCCCCAGGUGAGCGAGCUGCGACGAGAGGGCCGCGGCGCUGGCCGUGGUCACGGCCCCCACGAGCGGCUGAGGCUCCUUGGACCAGUGGUCAUGGGCGUCGGCCUGUUCGUGUUCAUCUGCGCCAACACGCUGCUCUACGAGAACCGUGACUUAGAGACGCGACGGCUCCGCCAGGGGGUGCUGCGGGCUCAGGCGCUCCGGCCCCCCGACGGCACAGGUUGGGACUGCGCUCUCCUUCCCAGCCCUGGUCCCAGGACUCCCCGAGCCAUAGGCUGCGCAGAGAUAGAAAGUUGGGACCUGUCGCCUCGUCGGGGUACUUCGCCUGUUCCAUCAGUGAGGAGUCUGCGUUCAGAGCCUGCUAAUCCUCGCCUGGGGUUACCUACCCUGCUAAACAGCUACCCGCUGAAAGGCCCGGGGCUGCCCCCACCCUGGGGUCCACGGACCCAGACUGGCCAUGUGAUCAUCACCGUGCAGCCCUCUGGUUCCUGCAUUGAACACUCCAAGUCUCUGGAUCUGGGCCUUGGAGAGCUCCUGCUUGGGGGCCCGGCAGCUCGGGACUGUGCUCACCGCAGCUGGCCACGACUGGACCGCCUCAGUCUGGGGGGUUAUGCCAAGUUGGGAGGAGGAGGGGACUUGGGAGCCCGAGUCUGAGGAGCCAGAGCCAGCCUGCUGUGAGGAUGGCAGCAUGUGCCAUGGUAACAGAACCGGGGUCCCAAUGUCUAGUAGAUGCCUGAGUCACAUCCGAGGGUGGGGAGGGAUGCUCUGGCCCCAGCAGCUUAAGGUAUCCUGACCUUACACUUGUCAGCAGAGAAAUGCUAAUUACACUAGCAUUCGCCUGGAGAGAAUGUGGAGUCUGGAGACUAGCAAGACUCAGCCUCAGGAGUUCCUUCAGCCUCCAAACAUGGCCUUAGCCCCGGACAGGUACCUGACGGGGCUGGAGGUGCAGGCAAAGGUGAUUUGGGAGACAUACUUGGUGUCUGGGUAAACCCAAAGUGCUGGGCAAGAACCCCCUAAGAUUUGGAGUGUAGAUUGGGAUGUUACAGGCUGGGGACAGGCUCCUUCCAAAGUGGCACUGGCCCUGGUGAUGGGGUAUGGGCCUCUGGGAAAGUGGGUAAUGGGGCGAUGCUGAGACCCUCCACUGCCAUCCGGGAUUGGGACCGGGCCUUUAACUCCCACCACCUCAGCCACGCAGGGUACAUCUCACUAGGGCUACACUACUGCUGAUGCCUUCACACUGAGGGCCUGGCUCCCCACCAGACAGGUCUGAGAAGACACCUUCUCUCCUUACUGUAUCAUGAUCUAUGCUGCAAAAUCUCCCUCAAGUUGGCAGAAAGCAUUAGUCAGUUCUCAGAAAUCUUUUUAUACAGCAGUGAAGCUGCAUUUUGGCCAAUGUGGGUAGCUUAGUUGAGAAGAUGCCUUGAGUUUGGGUCUUCCCCUACUCAUGUUUAAUUUUUCCCAAGUUGCUGCUGGUAGGAGAAGAGAACAUUAAAAGGGAAUCAAGCCUCACAGUCAGUCCUUUUUUUUGAAAGUUUAUUGAAAAAUGCAAUACAAGAAGCGAGACCAAACACGUAUCUAAACACUACAACCACUUCUCUUACUACAAAAGGCCCAAAUAGAAGGCCUAAUUAUUGCCUAUUUAAAGAUUUUGCCAAUUUGAUUCUGCUGCCAUAGUUCCAAUUUUUCCGAGAAAUGUAAACAACUACUUGAUAUGAUUCAUAAUUUUAAAAAAUUUUACAAAGCUCCUUCAUUUCGUCACCAAAAUAAUACAUUUGAGAAAGAUCUGUAGAAACAAAACCAGCCUGGGGCUGGGAUCCUGGGCAGAGACUUCGCAUGAGCACCCCUCGGUGUCAGUCAGGCCACAACUGUGCCUCCACUGCCUAGGGUAGGCUGUCAUCUCACCCUUAGCUGCCCUGCAGAACAUAUGGUGGUGGGCCUGGGGUGGGCACAGAUGACCUGAAAGCUCCCUGCAGCAGGGGCUCAGUGGAUCCUUGGCUUACGAAGAAUACAGGUCCUGCUGUGCUGAUCGGUGGGUAGGUGGCACAGACCUCCUGUGGCCUGGAGGAAAUCUUUAUUUCUCAAGUGAAAAUAAAAUUGCAGCAAGAGUUGUUACUGUGGUGUGUUUCAGUCACUUUAGGAAAAUUGUUGCCAAGUCACUGACUCUGGAGAGGUAACUCUCCUCCCCCUCUUCAUCCUUUCCACCUGGACAGAGUCUGUUUUUACACGUGCACACACACACACAACUGCAGGAAGAAAAAAAUCCAAACAAUUGCCAGACCCCAACAUUUGUUGCCAGAGAGAAAAGAGGAAGUCCAGGCUUGGAAGGACACCCCUCCUACUGGGCUUGUCCAAAUCAUGGCUUCUCAGAGCUGGAAAAGCAUCAGAAAUCUCCUGGUCCAAUUUACAGACAAGGAAGCAGACUCAGAAGUUAGUGAGCUAGUGACAGAGCUGAAGGAAGGUUCAGCCUCCCUGACUCAAGGUCCUGUGCUAUGAGAACUGCCGCACUGAGCUGGAUGGCACAGAAUAGUCAGUGCGCCAAGUUUUAAAUGGACAUGCACGUGCCCUCCUUUCCCCCAACUCCUUCGUUCCCCAGGUGUCAGCUUUGUGGGUGUCGGUAGCUUUUUCAGCGGGAGAACUGGCCACUGGCACACACCUCUUGGGAAACACGCUCACAUCACACGCUUGUUUGAUGUGAGCUGUAUUUCUAACCUAGCCACCACUUCUGACAAGAGACAGCCCAGGCCUAGACACCACCCAGAGAGCCCAUUAUUUCUGAUUCUAUGCCCACAGCCUGUAAGCCUGUAAGUCUAUUCCUGAGACAGGAUAGCCUCCUUCCCCCUAAGCCCACAUAUCCCUCACCUUUUCCCCCCAGAGCUGCCUGCUGGUUAAUAAUAGUCUCACACGAGCACUAAAUGAAAAAUGCACACACCUGAAAUCAGUUCAAACCAGCCAGAAUGUCCCAGCAAAACUCAGUCAGGGAAGACUUCGGACACAUCCUGCUGGCUCCCAUGUGGGGAGCAAAGGCUUUACGUUUCUUUCUCUUGCUCACUGCCCUUGAGCCCCCAGCAACUGCUGUCCGUGAUCCACUGUCUGUCUCAUGAAGUUCACUUCUAGCUAGAAUCAGCGUUCCAAAAAGCCUCCAGGAAGGUCUGUUCGUGGGAGGCAAGUUGGGAAAUUAGAAAAGCCCAACUGAAUAAAAACACCCUCAAAUCUUUACCAGAAGGUAUACAGGAAUGGUGGAAUUGAGGACAUCAAUGCUCACAUUUCCAAAAACAAAAAAGCUAAACCCAAAACUCACCACAAAAUCAAGCCUACAAAACCUGACUUCAGCUGGUGAGGAAAUGAGUGCCCGUGGUCAUUUUGUGGGAAGGAUGGCCCCUAAAACCCACUCCUGGUUCCAGAAGGGUGUCUUCAGGAAGGUGUCUGUGUGGAGACUACAGAUCAUGGAACACAAUCCCUCUUUGGGUCACAUGCUUUUCAUCCUGGGAUUAAAGAAAGAGGUCCAAGCAUGGUCACCUGGAAAUACUUCUUACCAGGAUCUGACAGAGGUAAACCCCACCACCCCUGGGUCAAGUGGAACUGGAAAACCUUAUUUUAAAAACCUCAUUAACUUUCCUUCCUUAAAUCACCACUAAAAAUGUGCCAUUAGAGCUUUUGGCUAAAAGUGCCUAUUUUUCUGUGAGUUUUGGUCUCCUGAGAUGGCAGCUGGGGGGAACACUUAGUAGAGCCACUGCUUCUAAUGAGGUAAAAGGGCAGCUGGGGAGGGAGGGCAGGAAGGUGAAGGCCACUGAUAUGUUCAAACAUUCACAGUACAGAUAUAUCUGAUGCACCUUCUCGUAUCUUUGAUCUAAAGAAGCUCCAAAAAGAAAGAAUGGAAGGGAAGAAGGAAAGAAAAAUAA